AUGAUUCAGUUCAUAAGGCGUGUGGUAGUCGAAACGAUAUCUUCUCUAUCUAGUGAUGGGAACAGUACCGAAUACGACUCUGGAACGGAAUGCAUAAUAAAAUCUGUUCAAGAAUGUGCUACAAUUGACAUAGCAGAAGUCAUAACUGCCACAUCAUCAGAUCCAGAGCUCCAAAAGCUCAUCGAAUGCAUCAACAGCAACAAAUGGAGCCAGGAUGAUUUGAAAGAUUAUGCUCCAUUCCGUCUCGAACUAUCUAGCGUCAAUAACCUUGUCAUGCGGGGUACCAAACUCGUCAUUCCCAAAUGCCUACGUUCUCGAAUGUGCCAAUUGGCUCAUGAAGGACAUCCGGGCCAAUCUAUGAUGAAACGCCGACUACGCGAAAGAUGUUGGUGGCCGGGUAUUGACAAGGAAGCAGUGAAAAUUUGCGAAACAUGUGAAGGAUGCCAAUUAGUACAAACGACUAACCCUCCUGAACCGAUGAUGCGUCGCAACCUUCCUGAGAAACCCUGGAUAGAUGUGGCAAUUGAUUUCUUGGGUCCUAUGCCAACGGGAGAAUAUAUCUUGGUAAUAGUGGAUUAUUAUAGUCGGUUUAUGGAAAUCGAGAUCAUGCAGCGAAUUACAGCCCAUGAAACCAUCAAACGACUGAGACGCAUAUUCCGAACAUGGGGCCCACCAAGAACGAUUACUCUUGACAAUGCAAAGCAAUUCAUAUCGAUAGAUUUUGAAGAAUUUUGUAAGACGAUUGGUAUACAUCUAAACCACACAUCACCAUACUGGCCACAAGCGAACGGUGAAGUUGAGAGGCAAAAUAGAUCGUUACUCAAACGAAUGAAGAUAGCUCACGCCCUAUAUAACGACUGGAAAGCCGAACUCGAUGAUUACUUAGACCUCUACAACAACACACCGCACACAAUAACAGGAAAAGCACCAAGUGAAUUACUACAAGGACGAAAAUUGCGCUCUAAACUGCCAGCGUUCGAGGAUCUUGAAAGUACACCACCAAGCUCUGACUUUCGAGACCAGGAUUUCGAAAAAAAGAUGCUACAGAAGGAGAGAGAAGAUGCUAAACGUAGAGCCAAACCAAGUGACAUCUCAGCUGGCGAUGUUGUUCUGAUGAAGAAUUUGCUCCCAACGAAUAAACUGUCAACAAACUUCUUAAAAGAAAAGUUCAUCGUGUUGAGCAGAAAUGGAUCCAAUGUCACAGUUCAGUCGAACGAUACAGGAAAGAAAUAUGAUCGAAACAUAUCUCAUUUGAGGAAGUUGAUUCGCCCAGCCCAAGUCUCGAACUCGGAUUCAACAAGCACACCGGACAACGAAGAUAACUCUCUGGAUUCUCCAAAGGACGUAGUACCCGAACCAUCAUCAUCCCAUCUUCCAACACCUACUCUUCGGCGAUCGAAUCGUACUAUCAGACCCAAGGACCGAUUUAGCCCUUCAAGAUAA